CAACUGUGCCACCCUAACGAAUCUUGACAGAAUUUGGGGUUUGACAAAUCAGUCUUGUCAGCCAGCCCGAGCUUCCGCACGGCGAUGUAUGAUCAUGACUUUGAGCUUGUCAGUUUGUAGUCCAUGCUCAAGGCCAGCAGCAGUCAGGUCAUAACUCGGGUUUGAUCCAGCAAGGCCGGACGAGUUCUAUCGUUUGUGUGUAAACUCCUUGGUUAAUUCACAGGCUGAGGGAUUUAAGCUGAAAGAGCUGUGGCUAAACCCGUGAAUCGCCGCAACCGGGCGCGCCCGUAAGCCAAGCAUCCUGAUUCCGAGUAGCGAUAAGUGCGCGAAGCAAGAGGCUGUCGGUUCUAAGAUCUUUACAUCGUCUGCUACUGUAGGGCUAAUCAAAUGAAACUGAUCUUGAUAAAUUCCACGAUUUUGAGACGAAUUAUCCAGUGCUCAUCCUGACACAAACCUUACACAGAAUCUUCUUGCUAUAUUCUUGAAAGUGAGUUUAGGACUGAAUCCGCAUACUGGGAAAAGCCAUUUUCGGAAUACCAUCCCGCGCUGGAAAAAUGCUGUGAGAUGAUUAAACUUAUUUGCAUUUUAUACCGAGAUACAUUUUAAACAUCAUGGAUAGAUUUAUAAUGCCUACUAUCAUCCUAGCUGCAGUCUACCUUGUUGCCAUGACAACCGGGGAGGAGAUACAGAUGGAGAACGGUGUCACGCUAGAGCGUCUCGACAUCGCAAUGCUGCCGCCAGCGGUGGUCGUUCUCGGCCUCUUAAACCCGCUCAAGUUGAACGUUUCAGUUUCGGUUUCGUCCAAUCAGACAACAGCUCCUGAAAACGUCACAGAUAUUCAGUGGAAGCUUUCAAUGUGGGGGAGUAGUGAGCUAGAAUGGAACGGAACACAAAUAUCAUUUCAAGGACAGGUCCUCAACGUCGACCAGAGAACCCAAUCCUUCCAUCCUGGCUUCCCACUGGUCUUCCAUCCGGUGGUCGAGUACAAGCUCGAUCUCCGUCGGGCGUCCUGCGGCCAGGGAGCUCGGUUUAUCUGUGCAUCGCUGCUCAGGAAAAAUUCCACCAGCUUCACCUCGACAGCCGAGCUUCAAACCUGCAUUCCUGGACCGUCUUGUAAAGAUGGAGUUGUCGUCAAUGCCCUGGAUAUAUCUAUGGAUAGAUCAAUUGAAAUCGAAGCUGGAAAUCUGACUUUAUUCCGCAUCAAUGUCACUAUCAUGUACGACCGAAACCUGACCAGUGACGUUACGGGCAACGACCAAUGGCAGCUCAUGAUUUGGUCAUGUGGUCAGGAGGGCGAUCACAACGACUCGUCUAGCCGGCUGUCAUUGGUCGAACAGGCUCUGACGCAACCCCAGGCCGACCAAUCACUGAUCAACGGGGAAGAAUUCCGCUUUGCGGACGUCGAGUAUGAGCUGGAUAUGAGAAACAUUACGUGUGAACAAGCCGAGUUGAUCUGUGUGCGGUUUAGACGCGGUCAAAACGGAACGUAUGAGCUACUUAGCAGACCAAACGCGUCCGUCAGAACGAAAUGCGUCCAGGCUCCCAACUGUCUGGAAGAGACAGAAAUAUUCGUCACAGAGUUUUACACCAAUACUUCCCGUCCAUGUCGAGAAGGCGAGAUAGAUUGUGACGUCACAAUGGAUACUAGUAUGAGAUCAUCUUCGACUCAUCCUUCAACCACCUCAGAAAGAAUCUCAACUACGUCUACGAUGUCGCUUUCACCGACGGCUGCAGUUGUACCUGCUCCCACAACGAUAUCUCAAGAGGCUGUUACUUCACCAACUUUCUACCAAUGGCUCGAGGGCGUCAUUGACAGUGACGUCGCGCAGCAGCCCAGCGCGGACCAAUCGGCGGAGUCCAUCUCAGCCGAACUCGCUGAUUGGACGGAGGAGAUUGAUGAUGUCAGUAAGGCGGAGCUUAGGAUGACGGGGCGUGUCCUGGAGAAGAUUUCACGCAUUGAGCACGUUUCAGAAGUGGUCGCUAGCAAUUUCGUAGAGGUCGUCGACCGUAUCAUCAGCAUCGAAACAUCAUCGUCAUCGACUUCGCAAAAUAAUCCCGACAUUUACAGCGCAUCCUCCUCAACGCAAAUCGUCCAAAGCGUCGAACGCCUACUCACGAAUGUCAAACUCCCUAAAAACACGACGUCAAACUUCUCCAAAUCGGGCGUCAAUCUCGCCAUGGCGGCCUUCAAUCUCGUCGCCGAUGACCGCAACGAAGAUCUGUUCUUUGUCGACGAUGUCCUGCAGAUUUACGUCAAAGAGGAGUUCGAUGUCGAGAACGAGAGCGCUAAUGUGGGGAAGGUAGUCUUCGAGAAGGUCAGGAAGACGGGUGAAGGGGUAAACGAUGCGGAUGUCGUCGUGGAGAUCGAGACAGGGAAGCUACUUAAUUCAGCUAUCGAUUCGACAAGCAACUUGCGAAUCGACCUGAUCGUCUACCGUAACGAUACGCUCUUCAAGAGCGCCGCAUCAACGUCCACGGGUGGUUACCCUGGCAACCCCUCAUCCAGCGACCGGGGCAGCAAGGGGUGUAGUAUACGGAGCAAGGUUCUCUCGGUUACCAUGCGGCGGAACGAUGAGGAGAUGAAGAGACUGGCGGCACCGAUCAAUAUGACAUUUAAGAUACAGAAGACUAACCCGUCGUACACCCCGACGUGUACAUACUGGGACUUUGACGUGAACGAUGGAGAAGGUGACUGGUCAACUCUCGGCUGCGAUCUGGUGGACGAGACCGACGUCCAGGCAGUCUGUAGCUGUGAUCAUCUCACCAACUUCGCAGUGCUCAUGGCCCCUAGUUACGGUUGUUACCCAUAUGCUCUUGACGUCAUCAGUCAGUUUGGUUGUGUCGUAUCAACCCUGGGUCUGAUCCUAACCAUCAUUACUUACAUCAUGUUCGGUAAACAGAUGGGCCAGACUCCUCGCCUUAUCAUGAUCCAAUGGUGUGUGUCCCUUCUCCUUCUCUACAUCGUGUUCGUCAUAGGAAUCGACCAGACACAAUCACCGACUGCCUGCACGGCUGUGGCCGCCCUUCUUCAUUAUUUCACGCUCUCGUCUGUUCUGUGGAUGGGCAUAGAGGGCGUCAACCUGUAUAUCUUGCUGGUUCGCGUUAUGGAUGUUCCCCGAACAAGGCGGUUUAUGCCCAUCGCUUGUCUCGUCGCUUGGGGUCUCCCGAUUGGUUUUGUUCUAACGGGCUUGUUCCAAAUCGGGCCUGAUAAGUACCGAGAAGAAAGCUUUUGCUUCUUAUCACGUGGUCCUCAUUUCAUCUAUGCUCUCCUAUUUCCGCUGGCUGCCGUACUCCUACUCAAUGUCGUCUGCUACAUACUCGUUAUGAAGACACUCACGUGCUCAAGGAUGAAAAUCCGUGUCACGAAGAUCGAGAAGGGUAAGCUACACGACCUAGCAACAAGGCUCCAGCAAGCCCUAGCCAUCGGGCUACUGACCGGGCUUACCUGGCUCUUUGGUUUCUUCGCCAUCGGGCGAAUGUCAGCCGUAUUCACAUGGCUGUUCUGUAUCUGUAAUUCACUCCAGGGCUUAUGCAUCUUUCUGCUUUUCUGCGUUUUUAGGCCAGAGCUCAGGAGAGCGUGGAAGAAACAGCUUUGCCCAUCUUCAAUUCGUCCCAAGCGACGCUCGGCCGCCAAGAGCUCGGACCUGGACAACAUCCGAAGCAGGAGUACCAGUCUGCGGGACACGUACAACCGAUCAAACAGCGGGAGCACGACCUAUAAACCAUCCGGGACUUACCGGGAAUAUUCAUCGUCGACAUCGUUCAACCGGACACUUUCCGGAUGACGUCAUCGUGAUGAAGAAGUAUGACGUAAUGACUUGUGACGUAAUAAUCAGUCUACCGAGUGACCGUAGCGGCUUUUUGUGACUAAAGGAGCUAAAUGUCGUCCAGAACAGGGAUAGAUGUCGAGAAUACAAUGCAUUAACUUUGACUUUAUAAGUCCCUUUCCUGGUUAAGUAGUGUGGCCGUUAUUAUGAACAGACUGGUAACUAUACUUUCUCAUUGUCAGAACUGCAUUCAUCAAGACAGAGGCUACGCAGAGUACUGGGAUUAGUAGGUGAAGAUCAAAUACCAUGUCAAGUGUUCAUAGUGACAUUAAAGGAACUUUGAUUAAAUGGUCUGUGAUCGAUUAAGUUUUUUUUUUUAAGUGUUCCCUCUUCGAAUGAAUUUGAAUAGUUCAUUAUUCCAUUUACCAUGGUUAUUAUCAUAGCAUUAUGUUAUUAAAGAACGACUUGAGCUUUAUGAAUUGUACUGAGCUAUUGCUCCCCCUUUUCCCCUCAAAGAAAUUGUAACCAAUGGCAAAGCUUUAUGGGGCACCUCGUCUAUCUAUUGACCCACAGAAAAAAAUGUUGAAAAAACAAAAAGGAAGAAAGGCAGGAGAUGAAGAGGAUUAAGACGAUGAUAUGAUCCCUGUCACAUCCUCAAACAGAGGUUUGAAAAAAAAAUCAGGCACCCCCCUAGAAACAAAAAUAAACAUAGCAGGCACGGACUUUUAUGUAUAUUUUAUAUUAUGAGAGAUUAGAGCAUCGUUGCAGCGGCCACCAAUGCGAUAAGUUGAAUUUAACAAACGAAACAAGUGUAAAAUUAUAAUUUAUUAAGUGCAAACAUAUUUUACUUUUAUUUAUUCAAGAAACACUAUUCAUUUUAUUGUUAUGGUACUUUGUACUUCAACUCGGCAAUCAUUUUGUGUAUAUAUUCUCUUCCUCCAUGGUGUUCUGUAAUUUCACUAUUUUAUGUAUUUAAUCACUCAAUGAUUUGAAGAUUCAUUCCUGGUUUCAAUGGAAGUGGUAGAUUGCAGUAAACAAAGGUCAUUGUGAAAGAUUAAAAUAAGACAAUUAUUGUUUUGCAAAUAAUUUCUACACCAA